AUGGCAAUGGAAUUUGGACACCAUAAUACACAACUAGAAAACGACACCGUAAACGUGGAAUGCCGAGACAGGCGGACGGUCGCCAUCGUAGAUCAGUUGGUCGACGCAAUGGUGCACCUUGUGUCCGAAACGUUGUCCGCAGCGCCUCACGUACAGCCCGGAGACGGAAACGUUGUACUGCGGUGCGAGGAGGAGAAGGAGGAGGAGACGAUGGCCAUCAGUGGAGACUUCGAGGUCGUCUUAGACGAAGAAGCUCCGACCGAGGAUGGUGCGAAGAUCGACGAACCGGCAACACAAGCUGCAGUGUCUUCACGCGGGCGGGUCAGGCAUUUGGCGGCCGCCGAGUGGAGAGGAGUGAAACGGGCCGGAAGUGCAGUAAUUUGUCUGGGUUGCUGA